UUUAGUUUAGGUAAUUCUGAAGAAAAAAGGAAUUAGUUGCUCUUCGUUCACUUAUUCUACGAGCAAUGGAACAGCCGGUGCCUAAAAAUAAACUGAAGAAGCUCAGUGAAGACAGUCUCACCAAGCAGCCAGAAGAAGUCUUUGAUGUUCUGGAAAAACUUGGUGAAGGAUCCUAUGGAAGUGUAUUUAAAGCAAUCCACAAGGAAUCAGGCCAGGUGGUGGCCAUUAAGCAGGUUCCUGUGGAGUCUGACCUGCAGGAGAUCAUCAAGGAGAUCUCAAUUAUGCAGCAGUGUGACAGCCCCUAUGUAGUGAAAUACUAUGGAAGUUAUUUUAAAAACACAGACCUGUGGAUCGUGAUGGAGUACUGUGGCGCUGGUUCCGUAUCGGAUAUCAUCAGAUUACGUAAUAAAACACUUACAGAAGAUGAGAUAGCUACUAUCCUCAAAUCCACUUUGAAGGGACUUGAGUAUUUGCACUUUAUGAGAAAAAUUCACAGGGACAUUAAAGCUGGCAAUAUUCUUCUUAAUACUGAGGGUCAUGCUAAACUAGCUGACUUUGGAGUGGCUGGGCAGCUUACUGACACUAUGGCUAAGAGGAACACUGUGAUUGGUACGCCUUUUUGGAUGGCUCCUGAGGUGAUUCAGGAAAUUGGAUACAAUUGUGUGGCAGAUAUCUGGUCACUUGGCAUCACCUCUAUAGAAAUGGCAGAGGGCAAGCCUCCAUAUGCAGACAUUCAUCCAAUGAGAGCUAUUUUUAUGAUUCCAACAAAUCCCCCACCAACAUUCCGUAAGCCAGAAUUGUGGAGUGACGACUUUACUGACUUUGUAAAGAAGUGUUUAGUGAAAAACCCAGAGCAGAGAGCAACAGCUACUCAGUUGUUACAGCAUCCUUUCAUAACCAGCGCUAAGCCUGUAAGCAUUCUGAGGGACCUGAUAACAGAAGCCAUGGAGAUGAAGGUAAAGAGACAACAGGAACAGCAGCGGGAGCUGGAAGAAGAAGAUGACAACUCGGAGGAGGAAGUGGAGGUGGAUUCCCACACCAUGGUGAAGUCUGGUUCAGAAAGUGCUGGAACCAUGAGGGCAACGGGCACAAUGAGCGAUGGGGCUCAGACCAUGAUCGAGCAUGGCAGCACAAUGCUGGAAUCUGACCUGGGCACCAUGGUCAUCAACAGCGAUGAGGAGGAUGAGGAUGAAGAUGUGGGCUCAAUGAGGAGAAACCCAACAGCGCAGCAAGCCCCACGCCCAUCUUUUAUGGACUACUUUAACAAGCAGGACUCAAAUAAAGCUCAAGAGAAUUAUAAUCACAAUCAACAGGACCCCUACCAUAUGCCUAAGACUGCUUUUCCAGAUAACUGGAAAGUACCACAAGAUGGAGACUUUGAUUUUCUGAAAAACUUAGACUUUGAAGAACUUCAGAUGCGCCUCAGUGCUCUGGAUCCUAUGAUGGAGCGGGAAAUCGAGGAGCUUCGACAACGGUACACAGCAAAGAGACAACCCAUUCUGGAUGCCAUGGAUGCCAAGAAGCGCCGUCAACAAAAUUUCUAAGACUGACUCUAGGAAGAAGAAGAAGAGUUGAAACUAAUUCCAUACUGGCAGGCCAGAUAUUAUGUUUCUUGUGUCAUUUACACUUAGUCUUAUAAACUUUCAGUUUAGAUUCUGAGCCUCUUGAUAAAUUCACCUAGCUGUUUCUUGGUCAUGGGAAAAAGAGUGCCUGGCUAAGUAUAAGAAUGUUUAAAACUCAUUCAUAGAGUUUUAUACCCUUUUAAUACAUGAUUAUUGUAGAUAUAAACUGUGAUGAUUGUUUGGAUUGGACCUUCUUAAAUAUGAAAGGAUUGCCCCAUUUAAAUAUAUUUUUCUAGCCUUGAAUUGUAAUACACAGGUGUUAUCUGCAUUGGACCAGUGUGGCUGCAGGUUUUUACAUCAACCAGACAUGCUUUACUUCUGGUAAGUAAUUAAAGACCAACUGAGUAAAUGCUUUUUGGAUGGUAUGAAAAGCUGCAGUCACACUGGUUUGUGAAUAAUGACAUCACAUAUACUUUAUUCAUUUUCUAAAAUUGUCUACAUCAUAGAACUCCCAUCACAAUCCCUGUUCUUCUGAUCAUUUCCUAUCCAAUAGUUUGUUCUGAAAUAAAAAAGUCAACUUUUUACAACUGACUUUCAUUCUAAAAUGUGAUUAAAGUAUAAAUCAAGUCUUUGUAAUUACCUAUGGCAGAAGCUGUUGAACCUAAAUAUACCAAAGACAAUCAAAAAAGGGAGAGAACAUUCAUUGGUCAUCUUAACCCUCAGGUUUAAACAGACUUUUCUCAAAUUGGACUUAAAUACUAUUCAGAAAGAAGUUGUUUUCCAGACAUACAAGCUUGAACAAAAAUUACAAGAUGAACAAAGUACAAUGACAACCCUGCUGAAAUUCUAAUUUUUGAAACAUUAUCUACAGAGAGAAAAAAACAGUUGAUGGACAAUUUCUGUUCAAAAAUCUUUUUCAUGUUAAAAAACAAGAAUUAAGCAAAGAAAGAAAUCCCUGGAUCUUUUUCACGAUAUUAUGUAUGGUAGACAUGUAUGGUAGUUGGUAAAUGACCUAAACUUUUUGCAAUCUUAUAUUGAAAAAAAUGUUCUUUUUGUACUGAUUUACAAUUCUUUCACUUGGUUUGGCACAUUUAUAUUUAUAACUUAAUAUAAAAUUUAUAUUUAGUUAUGACACUCACCUUUUACCAAUUCACCUGCUUUUCAUGGAAGAUUUCACAACCGUGUAACUUAAACAUUCUGUAAACCUUUUACUCUUAUUUUGCCUCUGUCCCAUUGCAUUGCAGGCAUUAAAAUUAGUUUACAUUUAUAACAUACAGUGAAAUUGGUCAGUGAAAACAUAAAUAUUUUCUUUGUUCUUCUUUGUGUUUCUGUUGUCAGGUUCAAGAGAAUAAACCAAUCACAGAUUCUUGUUUUACUGCAUUUUGCAAAAUGUCCCAACUUUUCCAGAAAUGUAGUUUGUAAAUUGUGCACCAGCAGUGUGUCUAAAAUUUACUUAAAGACUUUAUCUGUCACGUAAUAGUGCCAGAUGACACCUCUUAUUAAAAUGAAGAAUAAUUGGUUAAUCAUAGAGCUGGGAGUCUAUAUAAUUAUGCAUUGCUGUCACACUGAGAAGUCCCAUGUGCAAAACAUUAAAAUUACGAUGAUGAGCUACCAAUAACUGAGUGACACAUUUCUGGGUAAAUUUAUAGACCACACUGUAACCUGCACACACCGAUGCAAAUGUUUACUGUACACUGCUUUUUGUAAAUCGUCUGCACAGACUUAAUAGUUAGUAGGCUAUUAAUAGGAGUUGCCUAGCAGACAGGUUUUGUCUAUUUUAUUGUUCAAGAGUAGACAAGUAUUUUGUUUAAAUUUGAGCAGGAUUGUACAGAAGAAUGUUCUCUAGUUUGUUUUUUAAGAAACAGCCAUGAACAUGAUACUCUUCACUAACAUCUCAAUUCAGAUAAAAUAUAUAUUACCCAGAAUGUACAUAUCAGUUCACAAUAAGUAAAUACUCAAUUCUUUUUUGAAUGGAACUAAAAUCCCAAAGUCUCACCAGUAAUAUCUUUCUUCACCUCAAUCUUUAAAACUUAGACUGUCCGAAUAGGGCUUGGUCAAGGUUUUUACAGCUAAGGGACCUUUUUCUCUGUUUUUAUUAAUGGAACAGUUAUAUAAUUGUUCUCUUCUUCCUAAGGAGACAAUUUAUUGUAAAUAUGCAUGAAGUAUUUAAGUUUUCUGUGUUUAUUUCAAAUUCUGAAUGUCAUUUUCUUUUUGAAUGUGUUGAUGUGUUUUCUGUGUUUUCCUAUGUUGCUUUAUUUUCACCUGUUCAUACAUUUAAUUUGGUAACACUCCUGUGAAGAAGGGCAAAUCACAUGCCUUUAGACUCUUACUUUAUCUCAGGGGUUGCUGAACAAUGUUUAACCUGACAAAAUCUAGAUCGAGUCCAAAUCUUUUGUAAUCUUCCCUUUGUGUCCGUGGGGCCAGCAUUAUUAUUUGUUUUGUCUGUUACUAGUACCUAAGCAAUAACUGUUUAAUCACAAUCUGAAAUUGUGACACAAAUGUCCUGAAGUGGGCAAAUACAAUGUUACAUUUAUAAGGAUGGUGUAUGAGGACCUUUAAAACUACAACAAGUUUUCAUCUUAGAAGCCUGUUGUGGGUAUUUUGCUAAUAUUGUUGCUGAUAAAAUGAUAUGAAGUUUAUCUUUUAAUUGUUAAUGAGAACUUUCUCAGAGUUUGUGUUUUAAAUGCCUUACUUCUAGUUAUAUAAAUGUAUUUUAUACUUUCUGACAUGUAUUAUACAUUUUCACUGAAUAUCCUAAUUUAUUGUGCAUCAUAUUGCUGCUGUUGCAUGAAAACUUUUUUCACAUACUUCACAGCUCUGCAAGAAUCAACUUAAAAACGUCCUCUUUAGGCAUAUGGAAAAUUACAAGUUAUUGGCCAACCGAAAUCAAGUUUUCAAGAAGGACUUGCUUGUGAUGUGUUUUUAAUGCCACUCUCAAUAGUGAUGCUCUUUAAUAAAGGUCACUGUCUUGUCUC